GCGGGGCCGUAAACAUGGCGGUGAAUCUCCGCGCCCGCUCGUUGAGGCACCUCCGCAUCCGAGGUCGGAACGACAGCGGCGAGGAGAACGUCUCCCUCGAUCUCAGCCGAGAACCCUCUGAUAAUAUGAGAGAGAUUCUCCAAAAUGUAGCCAAAUUGCAAGGUGUUUCAAAUAUGAGAAAACUAGGUCACUUGAAUAAUUUUACUAAGCUGCUUUGUAAUAUUGGCCAUGCUGAAGAAAAGCUAGGUUUUACGUAUGACAGCAUCAUAAUAUGCCUGAGGUUAGCUUUACUGAAUGAAGCAAAAGAGGUGCGAGCAGCAGGAUUGCGAGCUCUCCGCUAUCUAAUUCGAGACUCCAGUAUUCUGCAGAAGGUCCUGAAGUUGAAAGUGGAUUACUUGAUAGCCAGGUGCAUUGACAUACAGCAGAGUAAUGAAGUUGAAAGAACACAAGCACUUCGAUUAGUCAGAAAGAUGAUCACUGUGAAUGCAUCAUUGUUCCCCAGUUCUAUUACUAAUUCUUUGAUAGCAGUUGGAAAUGAUGGUCUUCAAGAAAGAGACAGAAUGGUUCGAGCAUGUAUAGCCAUAAUCUGUGAACUAGCACUUCAGAAUCCAGAGGUGGUGGCUCUUCGGGGUGGUUUAAGUACCAUCUUGAAAAAUGUGAUUGAUUGUCAGCUGAGCAGAAUAAAUGAGGCUCUCAUAACUACAGUUUUGCACCUCAUUAAUCAUCCAAAGACCCGACAGUAUGUGCGAGCAGAUGUAGAAUUAGAGCGAAUUUUAGCUCCUUACACGGAUUUUCACUACAGGCAUAAUCCAGAUACAGCAGAAGGACAAGUCAAGGAGGACAGAGAAGCACGUUUCCUAGCUAGUAAAAUGGGAAUAGUGGCAGCAUUUCGAUCAUGGGCAGGUAUUAUCAGUCUGUGCAAACCUGGAAAUUCGGGGAUUCAGUCUCUUAUUGGGGUACUCUGUAUACCAAAUAUGGAAAUACGGCGAGGUCUGCUUGAAGUUCUCUAUGAUAUAUUUCGCCUUCCUCUCCCUGUUAAUGCAGAAGAAUUUAUUGAGGCACUUCUCAGUGUAGAUCCAAGCAGGUUUCAAGACUGUUGGAGACUUUCUGAUGGCUUUGUAGCUGCUGAAGCUAAAACUGUAUUACCCCAUCGAGCCAGGUCAAGGCCUGAUCUCAUGGAUAAUUAUUUGGCUUUAGUGCUUUCAGCUUUUAUUACCAAUGGACUUCUAGAGGGUCUGGUUGAAGUGAUCACAAGUAGUGAUGACCAUGUGUCUGUUAGAGCAACUAUCCUUUUAGGAGAACUUUUGCACAUGGCAAACACAAUUCUUCCUCAUUCUCACAGCCAUCACCUGCACUGCUUACCAACACUAAUGAACAUGGCAGCAUCUUUUGACAUCAUGAAAGAGAAAAGACUACGAGCAAGUGCCGCACUCAACUGCUUGAAACGUUUUCAUGAGAUGAAGAAAAGAGGACCUAAACCUUACAGCCUCCAUUUAGAUCACAUUAUUCAGAAAGCCAUCUCAACACACCAAAAAAGGGAUCAGUACCGUGUGCAGAAAGACAUCUUUAUUCUAAAGGAUACAGAAGAAGCGCUUGUAAUGAAUCUUCGAGACAGCCAAGUUCUCAAUCAUAAAGAGAAUCUUGACUGGAAUUGGAAUUUAAUAGGGACCAUACUGAAGUGGCCAAAUGUAAAUCUAAGGAACUAUAAAGAUGAACAAUUACACAGGUUUGUAAGGAGAUUGUUAUAUUUUUACAAGCCUAGCAGUAAAUUGUAUGCCAACCUGGAUCUGGAGUAUGCCAAGGCUAAGCAACUCACUGUGGUGGGUUGUCAGUUUACUGAAUUUCUUCUUGAAUCAGAAGAGGAUGGACAAGGUUACCUGGAGGACUUGGUUAAAGAUAUUGUACAUUGGCUUAACUCUUCAUCUGGAAUGAAACCUGAGCGUAGUCUUCAAAAUAAUGGGUUACUGAAUACCCUUAGCCAGCACUACUUCCUGUUUUUUGGUACUCUUUCUUGUCAUCCUCAUGGAGUGAAAAUGCUUGAAAAAUGCAAUGUGUUUCAGUGUCUUCUUAAUCUUUGUUCUUUGAAGAACCAGGAUCACUUGUUAAAGCUGACUGUUUCUAGUUUGGAUUACAGCAGAGAUGGGUUAGCAAGAGUCAUCCUUUCUAAAAUCCUGACAGCAGCUACUGAUAGCUGCAGGUUGUAUGCCACAAAACACUUACGAGUGUUACUGAGAGCGAAUGUAGAGUUCUUCAGCAACUGGGGGAUUGAGUUACUGGUGACCCAGUUACAUGAUAAAAAUAAAACUAUUUCUUCUGAGGCACUUGAUAUUCUAGAUGAGGCAUGUGAAGACAAGGCCAAUCUUCAUGCCCUUAUCCAAAUGAAACCAGCUCUUUCUCAUCUUGGAGACAAGGGUUUGCUUCUACUUCUAAGAUUUCUGUCCAUCCCAAAGGGUUUUUCAUACCUAAAUGAAAGAGGUUAUGUAACAAAACAAAUGGAAAAGUGGCAAAAGGAAUAUAACUUAAAGUAUGUUGAACUGAUCGAAGAACAGCUAAAUGAAGCACUUACAACAUACCGCAAACCUGUUGAUGGUGAUAACUAUGUUCGUCGGAGCAACCAAAGAUUACAGCGACCGCAUGUCUACCUGCCAGUUCACCUUUAUGGCCAACUGGUGCACCAUAAAACAGGCUGCCAUUUAUUGGAGUCACAGAGUAUUGUUACAGAUCUGAGUUACACUGUUCGUUCCCCAAUGCUGGAUAAGUGGGAAGGAAUUAAGCAGCUGAAAGCAGCUCUUUGGGCCUUGGGCAAUAUUGGAUCAUCAAAUUGGGGUCUUAACUUGCUUCAAGAGGAGAAUGUAAUUCCUGACAUAAUGGCACUUGCCCAACAUUGUGAAGUCCUCUCUGUUAGAGGAACGUGUGUCUACGUGCUUGGUCUAAUAGCCAAAACUAAACAAGGAUGUGAUAUUUUGAAGCAUCAUAACUGGGAUGCAGUGAGACACAGUCGUAGACAGCCUUGGCCAGUGGUCCCGGAUGAUAUGGAACAGCUCUGCAAUGAACUUUCUUCUAUACCCAGCACUCUUAGCUUGAACUCUGAGUCCACCAGUUCUAGGCACAACAGUGAAAGCGAAUCUGCCCCUUCAAGUAUGUUCAUCAUGGAGGAUGACCGUUUUGGUAGUACUUCCACUAGCACAUUCUUCCUAGAUAUUACUGAAGAUGCAGAACAAAUAUUUUAUGACAGACCUGGACCUUCAAAGGACAAAGACCGUAGUCCCUUUCCUUUUUUUUCUUCUAGUAGGCUUGUGAAAAACCGCAUUCUAAACUCUCUUACUCUCCCUAAUAAAAAACACAGAAGUAGCAGUGAUCCAAAAGCAGGAAAGCUGGCAUCCUCUGACAGUAAAUCAGUCCUGAGGCGAAAUCGUACAGUAACAGAACCUUCUGGUAGCAUAGAGUUUCCUGCUGGGGAAGAAUUAAACCCUGUUUUCAGAGUUCCUAAAAUCCAGACUUUACGAUUAGAAACUUCUUUUGUUGGAAGUAAGCACAUGGAAGAUACUGAUAGUACCCCAAGUAUUGGAGAAAAUGAUCUGAAGCUGCCAAAAGGUCUUGGAAAUGAAAUUCACCGUGAAAACACAAGCAGAGAAAAGCUAAUAGGAGAUGGUACUACACAAACACAUUUCAAGAGUCGUAGCUUAAGUUUUAAUACAGAUACCACAACAAGUGGCAUAAGCUCCAUGAGCUCUAGCCCGUCAAGGGAGACUGUAGGUGUGGACACUGCAAAUGUAGAUACUGACUGUGGAAGUUUGAGUACUGUGGUAAGCACAAAAACAGUUAAACCAAGUCUCUGUUCAACACCACAGUCUAACCACCUGCCUCUCUCAAAGUCCAACUCCGUAUCUCUGGUGCCACCAGGCUCUUCUCAUACACUUCCUCGAAGAGCCCAGUCUCUUAAAGCUCCUUCUCUUGCUACAAUAAAAAGUCUUGCUGACUAUAAUUUUAGCUACACAAGUUCUCGAGAUGCCUUUGGCUAUGCUACACUAAAGCGCUUGCAACAGCAGCGGAUGCAUCCUUCACUGUCUCACUCAGAAGCCCUGGCAUCUCCAGCAAAGGACGUGCUGUUUACUGACACUAUUACCAUGAAGUCUGGCAGCCUGGAUUCUCGGCUAACCCCAAGCCGGUUCAUGAAAGCUCUCAGUUACGCUUCAUUAGAUAAAGAAGAUCUGUUAAGUCCUAUUAACCAAAACACCCUUCAGCGUUCCUCUUCUGUUCGCUCGAUGGUUUCUAAUGCUACAUAUGGUAGUUCUGAUGAUUACAUUGGCCUUGCUCUCCCAGUGGAUAUCAAUGAAAUAUUUCAGGUAAAGGAAACUCCAUAUUUCCAGAAGAAAACCACACCUCCAUUUGAUGAUCAUGGGGCUAAGGUCUUUGCACCUGAUGCAGGAGGUCUUCCAUCAGGUACAAGUGAUGUUGUCAAAAGCCCUUUUCAGAUGCUCCGGCAGCAGAUCAGUCUCACAGAAAUAAUGAAUACCAGCCGUUCAGAUGCCUCCCAGUUUUUAGAAGGUACAGAGGAUACGGGGCUGCAGGAGCACACAGAUGAGAACUGCCUUUACUGUGUCUGUGUUCAAAUACUGGGUUAUCAGCCCAGCAGUAAAGUGAACUCUUCAUAUGGUCGUACAGGCUGUAGUGAUGCAGUAUCCCAUGGUUCAGCUAGCAGCACCAAGAGUACAGAACUUAUGCUAGGAGUAAAAUCAAUCCCAGAUGAUACACCAGUGUGCAGAAUACUUCUGCGGAAGGAAGUCUUACGUUUAGUCAUCAAUUUGAGUAGUUCAGUAGGAACUAAGGGCCACGAAACUGGACUGCUGACAAUUAAGGAGAAGUAUCCCCAAGCGUUUGAUGACAUAUGCCUUUACUCUGAGGUAUCCUACUUGUUAGCACAUUGUACAUUUCGGCUUCCAUCUAGAAGGUUCAUUCAGGAACUAUUUCAAGAUGUACAGUUCUUACAAAUGCAUGAGGAAGCAGAGGCUAUUUUAGCAACACCAACAAAGCCUCCAGUGAUCGAUACAUCAACUGAAUCCUGACCUCUGUCUCAUGCAGAGCAUUGCAUAUAGACUUUCUGAAAUCCUCAGAUAGCCUCUGACUGACUGGAUAAAAGGCUUCAAGUAUCAUCUGCUAGACCAUUCCAGAAGCUGCUGGUACCUGAAGACUGAACUGAAAACUUUCUUCCUCAACGAAUUACUGUCCAAGUCUUUUGAGCCCUUUGGGGAUUUAUUAAACAUUACCAUAGUUUUAAUAAUAGUAAUUAUCAGUAUAUGCAAGAGCCAAGCACUGAACACCUCCACAAGUUUUCAUUUCAUUGGAAAAAACAAACAAACAAAUAUGACAACAUGCAGAGACAUCUUUUUUUUGAUUGACUUUCAAUUCUGUUCCAGAGAAGUAGAAUGAUGCCUUGCUUUUUAAAUGCUGGAUACCAGGAAUCAGAGAGAGAUAUAAGGGUGCGUUCCGUUGCCAGCAAUGGGGAUCUGUGCUGUAAUCUUGGAGACUAGGGGAUUAAUGUUAGUGUUAGCCUUUCUCUGUUUGUUUUUGUACUGUUUAUAACACUACUUGGAGGUUUGUAACUUCAGACAAAAAGAAAAGCCUCAGUGACACUGAGGUUUCCUUUAAGUUAUUUUAAUAUUGCUAUAGUUCUAAGUCAUUUUAUUAGCAGUCUCUCCAAUUUCAUGACAUUUACAUAUAUGUAUCUUAUCUGAACCAGUUAAGGACUUUCACUACAGUUUGAUUUUUAAAAAUAACAAAUCGUUUAAACUUAAAAUGCUGAAAUCAGAUUGUUCUCCCUGAAUGAUAUGCAUGUGUUUGCAGUUUCUACAUUCAUGCUCAUAUAGUACGAAUGUUGGUCUUACUCUUAACCAAAAUCCUUUAAAAGCAUGAUUUGUAUCAGAUAAAUGAAUAUUGUAUAAAGUAAACUUGAAGACAUUUAAUCAUUGCUGCUUUUGUGAGAAGACAUAAUAUGAGUGUUUUCAAAGUUCCGUGGAAACAGCCUUUUAUAAAAACAAAGAUUUAUUUGGAUUUUCAAUGGAUGAGUGAUCAAGCAUCAGACAGUACUAAUAAUUGUAGUGAAAAGCCUUAAGUACCAAAUUUUUGAGCAGCAGUACUUAAUAAUUUUAUACUGGUAUUUAGGACUUGUUGCAAAAGUUAAAUGAGACAGUGACUGUUGAUGACUGAAAUAGUUGCCUCUAUCUUGUUGCUGGUGAGGUUUCUAAAUUAAUGAGUGCAAGUUGUAAAAAAAAAAAGUAGUAGAAAUCCCUGUCAAUUUUACACUUUUAUUAUGGAUCUAGAGAUUCAGAAGCCUUUAUACGAAGGUAAUAUAAAUAUAUGCAAAUGUGUAUAUACAGUAGCAUGGCCACCUUUGUUAGAAUGCCUGUAAUAGAAGGGAUUACCCUUUGAUUUUGAUAUAGGAAUAACUCAGCUGGACUGUACUAAGUAGAACGUAUUUUUUCCAUUCACUUUUACCAUUUUUUAUAAUUGUCAGAUUAAUACUUAAGUGAAGAUACGUGGAAUUUAUCCUGAUGCUCACAACUCUGUUCUUCCUAGCUAUGCUACUGGAGAUUUCAAUAGAUAGUCCUGUGAACAGUAAAACAAGACACAUAAGCACUGCUUUGUAGCUAUCACUUCACUGAGUUUUUGUGUGCAUUGCAUACCAUCACAUUCUGGUAAAGCAGAUUGUAAAUUGCUGCUCACAGUUAAAUUUAGUUCCUAAGAUUAUCUUUUCAUGACUUCCCACUGAAAGAAGGAGCAAAAAGAAACUGAUUUAACUCUUCCAUGGUUGGUGACACAAAUAACACAUUGGUGUGUUAAGGCAUGUUUGAAAUGCUCUGAAAAUAUCCGGUAACUAUUGGACUUCUGCUCAUAAGAAAUAAAUGCUUCUGUAAAACCAAAAUGUCAAUCACAGUAGACCAAAUAGUGGUAUAAACUCCAAAGGAAAUCAUGUAGUUUUCCCAAAAAUGGGGCUGGCAUAUCAUAUACCGUAGUUUCAAACACUACCUCAGUUAGGCUAGAAUAUGAGAGAUUUGUUUUAAUAACUAGAUGGGGUUACACUGAACAACUCCAUGUUAUUUUUCUGCAGUUAAAGCAAAAUAAACAAGUUUUAUCACCUGCAUUUAAAAAAAAACGAACACCUUUGUUCAUUUGUUUCCAGUUUAACCUGUAGCACUUAACAUAAGAAGCACUAUACAAAGGCCUCUGAUUAUAAAAAGGUAAGCAAAAGUGGUGUUAAUAUGCUUUUGAAAGACUCUCUGAAAUGCUUACCUCUUCUGAAGUACUCGCUUGUGUGGGGAUCCAUGACAACAGAAACCUGAUGUAAAAAUUAUGGCUGCAGAAUCAGAUGUAAAACAUGAUUAAUUUUUUUCCCUGAAAAUGUAUGAGUGUCAGUAGAUUUCAACAAGUACACAUAGAGGUUGGGAAGUCUGUACUGUACAUAAUAUACAACAUUUCCAGAAUGAAUUUACUUAUUUACAGUAAGCUCACAUUCGUGUUUCAUUUUAAUUGGCAAAUGAAGGGAUGCUAUAAUUGAAGGAAUCUUGUAUUUGGCUUAGUUAUAAACUGUGAAUUUCCAAUUCUAUAGAUUUUACUUUUCACAUAUCCCUUUCAAAGUUGUUAUAUUGGGGUUUUAUUUCCUUCAUGAUAAAACUUAAGAAAAUAGUAGUAAUAACAGUUGUGCUUAUAUUAACCCUAAUAGUCCUUCCACUUCUCUUGAAAAGGUUUGCAAGGGAAGCUGACAGACCACCUGGUUUGUGAUUUUUCCAAGCCAAACAAUUGCUGAUGUAAAUGCUUGAAUAAAUGGUGAAGUAUAUAACCUUCACUUGCACUAUAUACAAAUACAGUUUGGUUGCUGUGGCAAAGGAAACUCCCAAAUGAUUAAUUAUGCUAACACAAAAUGUUCAGCUCUGAGGUGAAAGCUUUAUGGGAAGGAGAAGCUGUCUCUACUAUGUUAGGGGCUGGUUUUCUUCAGUCUGCUUUUGCAGUCAGUGCAAAGGGAGAGCCCUUUCAAAGGCCAGACAGCUAACUAAAGGUCUCCCAGCUACCCUCCCCAAGGGCCUAUUUCUCUCCAUGAGUGCAGUGGGGAGGAGGAUGGAGCUGGGUGCUGCAAGUGACCUUUUGGAGAGUGACGUUUUCAGCUGUCUGAAAUUCAGAGAUGUGGAGAGCUCCCAGCUCUCCUGGGCAUCACUUGGAGCUGGAGGAAACUUGUUUGCGUGUUUGGCCCCUGGUAUAAUAUGCUUCCAACAAUUGCUUUUCCUCAUCUGGGUGUACUUUGACCUGACAUAGGUACCCUAAAUGUGCUCUCCUUGGGAUUUGUUCUUGUUUAUUCACAAGACACAAUAAAAUGCUAAACUCUUCGGUACUUUAAGAGCACAGUGGAUUGGCACACUGAGGUGAUCUGCCCUUAUAAACAUUUGGAAAGGAAGCAGUGAGAAUCCUGAUUGUCUUUUUAUCAUUUUAUUUUUAAAUGUGUGUGUAGUGGUCUUGAAGGAUAGUUAUGAUUGCAGUGAAACUGAAAAAAACCUGUAGCACCUUUACUGUGUGCCUGAAGAGAGAAGUAGCUGUUCAAGAAAUAAGCUGUAAUCAAAGCUAAGUGAGAGAUGAAGCCAGCUGUUGCUCCUUUUUAUCCUGUGUCCCAGAGUUGGUAUUUGGCUUUUUGGUCUGCAGGAAGCUGGUUGUUACCUUCUAAAUGUGAGCUCAAGCUGAGCACUCCCAGUGGAAGAAUUUUUGCCAGGCUUGGGAGCAUCUCUUGAGAUCUGUGCUCAUCCCCUGGUAGGGUUACACACACAUCCUAUUGCACAGAGUUCCACUGGAGCCAGCUCAAGGCAGGUCCCGUACCUUCUUUUUUAAGGUAACUUCUAUUACCAUGUUCUUAUUAAGGGUAUACUAGGUGAGAGUAGAAUCUGAGAACUAUAAAAAGACCUUUGGGAACAUGAUAGAAAACAUGCUUGUAUUUCACUAGAAGCCUCCCACAUCUCCUUGCAUUUUGCUUAGCUCCUAGUUCUGGUUCCCUGGAUAGUUUUGUUUUCAACAGAUUUCUAUGUUCAGUAAAGAAUGUGGCUAUUCUUUUGACUAUUUUUGUAAUGUAAAUGGACAGCAAUGCCACAGCAUGCAGAAAUUGCACAUUUUGCUUGAGUUGCUUUGUAAAACACACUAUUUUAUUUGAGAAAUGUAAUUUAUGCCAAAAAGUGUAAGAUACCAUUUUGUCAUUGAAUAGGGUGUUCCAGCACAAGAUGCAAUGUCUUAGGGGGGAAAAGGCAGACACUUUGUAGAUUUAAUUGAAAAAUUGUUCCAGUAUUGGGCUGUCAGCAUCCCUAAAACUGCAUUACAAGAGAUUGUCUAAAUUAAUCCUUCUGAGGAAAAAGGGGAUCAAAGAAUAUCUCAAGACUUUAUUCUCCCUACCCCGUGUGGUGUUUUCUUAUUUAGUAAUAAGCUGCUACAUAUUUGGGGGUUCUAGUGUUUGUAGGUCACUGAACAGACAUUGAAAUCUGAUUUAUAUUGUAUACCUGUAACAUAGAAAGAAGAAGUAUUUAUAUAUUUUCCGUAAGAAUAUUGCAUUGAGCUGUGUAUAAUUUAAACAGAGGCUUGUCCCGAAUGGUAUUGCCCACCUUGAUUUUCUUUUUUUUUCUGUUUUUUUUUUUUUCUGGUUUUUGGGUUUUUUUCUUUUAUAGUGUGUACAGUUCAUGUCAAUGGGCAUUAAAAGCCUUCUGAAGCGUAGUCUUAUCAAAGGGAUGCAUUGUUAAUAAAAUGUACUUAAACUUCA